UUUUUUUUGAGCUCAUCCUUACCGUAUAGAAUAACUUCUUUCACUAAUUAACUUCUUUAGGCAAUGACUUCAUUUCAAGAAAAUCCAUAUUCAAGUCUUGAUGACGAAAAUAAUGAAGAGGAAUUAUAUACUGAGGAAGAAGAGGAUAGCUUAUAUUCAUAUGAUGCAGAAGCAGAAUGGGAAGAAAGUAAGGAGCAACUUUGUACACUAUUUUCAUUUGUCAUUUUCCCUUGUAUCGGUAAAUGGUUAGGAAAGAAAUUUUCUUAUUGGAUCUGGGCAAAGUGUUUAGGUUCAAGGACACCAUUUACAACACGUUAUUCUAUAUUAUCAACUGAAAUGGUGAAUUCAAUCAAACGUAUUUCUUAAUUAUCUUAUUUAGAGUCUCCUCUUUAAAAUCACGGUUGUUUCUAUACGCACACCCAUUUUUUGCUUUUUUUAUAUAUAUUUUCAUUCCUUUUCCCUUAAUUAUAUAUAUACACACAUAUAUUAC